GAAUGCCCCCUUCCCCCCCCCCCAAAAAAAAAAAAUAUAUAUAUAUAUAUAUAUAAAGAUGCAAAAUGGCUAUAUGCAUUUAUACAUUCUUUUUGUUUGUUUCACAUGAGGUUGGAACAUAUGUUUUGUAUUUUGUAUUAAAAGAAUUGAACCUACCGUUGAAACAUAACUUUUAUAUAUGUGUCAAGCAGAUCAAUUUAUAUGUAUAUGUAGUUAUGUCACUUCUUUGCAACUUUAUCCCUGUCACAAGCAAAACUUACCUGAUGAAUUUUGUGAUCUGAAGCCAAGCUUUCUUGUAUUAAAGAGAGUGAAAGAUUAUAUGUGAGUGGCUAAGAGGGUUAUUAAUUUCAAUUUUAUUGUAAAAAAAAAGGGAUGAAGAGGUCAAAAUUUGUUUAUUCAGAUGAUUUUGUGGGUUUUUUAUUCUUUAUUGGACUCUUUGUUGAUUUAUGCAGAGUUUUUUAUUAUUGGGAUGCUAGGCUUAAUUACAUUUUGCAGAAUAGCCAAAUAUUUGGAUGCGUUGGCCGAUUGUUUCCGCAAGGCUGUCGUUUCAUACCCCACAGCAACUCUGAUUAUCAUGUAGUUGUCUAUUCUGCAACUGAUCAAAAACACUGUGUUAUUUUGGAUAUAACAACCGGGGUAGACACCAACUCAAUUUUAAACUGUGAUGUACAAUUGCGGUUGCGUCGUGCCCUUGGGCAUGGGUUGUUGGGUAUGGAUUGUUUGAUUUUGGGGAUUGUAAUGUUUGUUUUACAGUUAUGUAUACAGUUUGACAUUUCUAUGAUCUCCUAUUUUUAAAGGAAAUUUCAUCAAAAUUUUGCAAAAAUAACAGGUUAUUAUUAGAUUGAUUUAAUUUUCUUUAAUU